GCCGCAUUUGGUACACUGGUGCGCCAUUUUUACUCGCAGAAAGCCGAAAAAUUCACACAGUGGCCCCAGAAAGGCGAAAAGGUGUUUGCAAAAAGGUGUUUGGUAAUUGGAGAAAAGUGUUGCGCCGACCGUUGAACGUUGAAAAAUGUGCCCGCCAAGCGCGCAGCGGUGAAAGGCAGCUAAUUGCGGCACCAAAGACGCGCUCUCCACAACAAAACUCGUGCUGCUUUUCCAACAACUUGGAAUUGGAAUUGUGGGGAUUGCAUCGCAUCUGCAUCCGCAUAAAUACGACAAAAAGCAGCCAGUGCAGGGCGGCCAGCGGGAUAAAUUUUCAUAUGUCUAUAUAAACAAGCGCAAAACGAGAUUUGGUUAGGAAAAAUAGAAGAAAGAAGAGCUGCCUGAAAUGGAGGAGAUAUCCAGCCUAGACUCGUUCGGCGGGGAUUCCAAUGCGCGACCGGAAUCGGCGACCCCAAAGCCAGAGGAUCAGGAACAGGAACAGCCAGCUGCGGCGAGUGAAUCCCUGGACACGCCCGCUUCCCCGCCAGCGGAGGACGCGGAACCACCACCGCCACCCGCAGAGGAUUCCCCCUCCGCCGCCGCCGCCGCCAAGGAGCCCGAGGAUGACUUUGAACAGAUCUCCGAGGGAUCUCUAGAUGCCGAUGACAACCAGUCGCAGGAUAAGGCGGCCAGUCCACAGGCAGAUCCCGUGGAGGGGGAGGGGGAGGCGGAGGCAGAGGAUCCUGUGCCCUCCGAGGAGCCACAACCCUCCGAGGAACCUCCAGCAGACGAGGAGGAGCAACCGCAACCGGAGGCGGUCAGUGUGGAUCCCCAGGAGGAUCAGGAGGAGGCGGAAGAGGAGACGGAUGCUUUGCAAGCCACCGCGGAGGAGGAGGAGGCCGCUGCUGCCGAAGCAGAUGCCGUGGAUGGUGGCCCAGCUUCACCAGAAGCCAUGGAUGUGGAUGAGGGAGAAGCUGAUCCUGAAGCUGAUGCCGAAAACGAUCCCGAAGGCGAUCCCGAAGCGGAGGAAGAGGCCGCCCUCGAACCAGAGGCUGCAGACGAUGUGGAUAUGCAGUCCGUGGGUGGAGACUCCCACCUGGCCGACGAUGCAGAACCGCCAGAGGGCCGCGACGAGGUGGACACCAGUCUAGAGGACAAUGGCCAGGAUGCCGACGAGACGGAAAAAGAGACGCCCGCCGAUGAAGAUGAUAAUCCGGAGGCCGACGGCGAGUCGGAACAGGUGGAGGAGGCGGCGGAAGAGGCUGGAGAAGCCGAGCAUGGCGAUGACACUGUUGAAAACGUGCUGGAGCCGGAGGAAUCGGACGUCUGCCUCAUUCCCGACGAUCAGGAGACGGAGGUCACCGAAGCGGAGAAGGAACAGGCCCGCGAGAAUGCCGAAAAAGCCGCCGAGGAGGAGGAAGCCGAGGAGCGGCAGUCUAAGACACCCGAUAAUGAUGGAAAGUCCCUCACAGAUGCCGCCGUCGAUGCGGAAGAUGAUGGUGCAGGUGUAGCAGAUCCCACCGACGAAUCCCCGUCCACGCCAAAUGAUGCUCAAGCUGGAGCUAAGGCGGCGGCAACAGAGAUUGCCGAAGACGAUGGAACCGACCAAGCGGCCAAUGAGGAGGAGGCUGGCGGCGAUGCUCCCGAUGCAGACGAGCCCAACGCCGAGGAAUCCUCCAGCACAGGAGCUGGUGAAUCGGGAGCAACGCCUAAAAUCAUCAUCAGUUGGAUCGUGGGCAGCGUGCAAAAGUGCAAGCAGUGCGACAACGAAAAGAACUGUGGAUUCCGGUACAAGAAACCCGAAGAGAACCCGUCGGAGGAAAAAGAUAAAGACAAGGAUAAGGAUAAGGGAGAGGAGAAUGCAGAGGAGGAGGCGCCACAAGAACCUCCGCCCAGCGGAUUCGAGUACGUCUGCGACACCGCCUGUGUAAAUGCCCUGCUAGCCGAUCAACCCGGCAAAUACUUUGUGCGGCGCAAGAAGUUCCUGGUGGAGGAGGUUGUCCGGGAAGAGGGCGCCGCCGACGAGGCAGAGGGCGACGCCGAAGCUUCCACAGAAGCUGGAGAAGAUACCCCUCCCGCCAAUACGCACGAUUGCCUGCAGUGCAAGGAGCAGACGCGUUGCAAGUAUUUCAUCAAGCAGGAUCAAGACAUUCACUACAUCUGCAACGACGAUUGCUUCAAUCUGCUGAACGCCGAGGAGCCGGAAAAAUUCAAGCUAAAGCGCCACUCGAUUCGCGUGCGCAACAUUGGCGCCACAACCCUCCAGCCGCCGCAGAAUUCGCCCAGCAAGCAGCAGCCCGAGAGCAGCGUGGUGGCCCGAACGCUGGCCGAGGCGGAGACGGCGCGUCUGGACAGGAUCGAGAGCUUCCGCAGGCGCUGCGCCGACUGCGAGGCGGAGAUCAAUUCGAACGAGAAGCAGCUCAUGUGGGAGACCAUGGACUUUUGCAACGAAGUGUGCCUGGGCAGCUAUCAGCGUACAAUUGGCUCCAGCUGCGUCACCUGCAAGCAGGAGGUGAGCUCCACGGCGCUGGGCAAAUACUGUGUGCGUUUCGGCUUCGAUGUGCGGCAGUUCUGCUGCGCCGGUUGCCUAAAUACCUUUAAAAAAGGUCUGAAGACCUGUUCCUGCUGCCAGAAGGACAUUAGCGGCGGGCAGGAGGGUUUUCUCGCACCCGUGGGCGACAAGGAUCAGUUCAAGGACUUUUGCUCGCAAGCCUGCCUGCGUCGCUACGACAGCAUGUGCAAUCCAAGGAGAAAACUGCGCACCGAUGUGUGCGGCGUUUGCAACAACGAGAAGCCAGUGCGCGUGGAAAUGCUUCUGGAGGACAGAGAGCAUUACUUCUGCUCGAAUCCGUGCUUCUCGGCCUUUAAGUUUGUGAGCAACGUGAAUGCGGAUCCCUGCGCCAUGUGCUCCAAGUACUUUGAGCGGCGGAGCGCCGAAUCCUACACCAUCUACAACGAACAGCAGUCGCCGAAGGUCUUUUGCUCGCGCGUCUGCAUCAACGUCUACAUCAUCGUCAAUCGGCACAUCGUUUCGUGCCAGUGGUGCAAGGUGAAGAAGUACAACUUUGACAUGAUCUACCAGGUGGGCGGGCAGCAGGACCAGGAGACGCUCACCUGCUCCAUCAACUGUCUGACCAUGCACGGCGUCAGCUGCAACAUCUCCGCCCGGGCGGUGACCAAGUGCGACAAUUGCGCGAACUUUAAUACGCCGCAGUAUCACCUGACCAUGUCCGAUGCCUCCAUGCGCAACUUCUGCACGUACCAGUGCGUCAUGCAGUUCCAGAAUCAGUUUGCCCGCGCACCGCUCACGCUGGACAGCGACCUGCCGCCCAGCAGCAGCGCCGGCAGCAGCUCCAAGUCCCAGCAGCAGGGCUCCUCCACAAGGGGCAGCAAGAAUGCCGCGCCCUUCCCCACGGGUCUGCCCAAGCGGGUCAAACUAAAGCUGUCCCAGCAGCAGUCUGGAAAAAAUGCCGCUGGGGCCAAGAAAUCGGGAUCCGGCACCAUGCUGCCGGUUAUAUCCACGGUUCAAUCGCUCGCCAGCGGCGAAACCGAGGCCCGGAUCGGCAAUGUGACGGUGCGGCGCAAGCGUGGACGUCCCCGGGAAUCGGGAGGACCUUCCCCGCCACCGCUCCCCAUGCCGUCGGCUCAUGGAGGAGCUCCUCGUGGAAGACCCCGCAAGCAUGUGGACUACUCGGUGCGUUCCCCUUCGCCACCACCCAUGCCCAACUCCCACUUGGCCAUCGGGGGUAGGCGGAAUACCACCACUACCAUGGAUUUCGGACCAACUACGGUAUCCGAGACCAAGAUCAUCACAGUGCCACCAUAUCCCAAGUCCGUGCGAAAUGUAAACAUUAGCUGUAAACCGCUAACUGUGUCCACCGGUGAGCAGUGCACACCGGAUGUGCGCGAUUGCGCCACGCAGACGGACAAGGACUACUCCAACAAGGUGCUCAUCCCGGUUCCGGUGCCCAUUUACCUACCGCAACCCAUGUACAUGUACUCGAUGCCCUUCCCCGUCCCCGUGCCCAUUCCACUGCCCAUACCCGUGCCCAUUUUCAUACCCACCACUCGCAACACUUCACAAGGCAUUCUCAAGGAGAUCAAGAAGAUACAGGACAAGAUGCCGGAGGAUCCGCUGGAGGCGGAGCUGCUCAUGAUGGCCGAAAUGGUGGCGGAGGAGAAGCACGAAUCGGACAGCGACUCCGACAACGAGAUCAAGCCGGAUCCUGGACUGGUUACGCUGCAGUAUCAGAACAGCUUGGAGUCCGUCGCCCAGCAGCAGCAGCAACAGCAGCAGGUGGUCGACGUCAGUGGAGCCGGGCACAAUCCGUAUGGCGAUGAUAUGCUGCAGAUUGCCCUCAAAAUGGCCACGGGAGAUUAUGACAAUCAUCACCAGACCUCGACGGUGGAUCUGGAGACGUCGAUGACGGCGAACACGAUUAGCAGCCAGUCGCCCAUGGGUCACGAUGGGAUGGGUCAGAUGGGAGUGCAUCAUCUGGACCAGCAGCAUCACAUGCUCGAUGCGUCGCAAAGAACCCCUCGUGGUCGCAAGCGAGGCGUUGGCGCCGUCAUGGAUUCGCCCAACCGCAACAGCCGCUCGCCGGUGAAGCGGCAGCGUGGCAGCGAACUGGAUCACUCGGCCCUUCAGCAGCAAUCGCAGCAGGCACAGCAGCCGCAGGAGAAGCCCGACGCCCAGAUGUUCCUCAAGUACACGUUCGGUGUGAAUGCCUGGAAGCAGUGGGUGAUGACGAAGAAUGCGGAUAUCGAGAAGAGUUCGAUGCGCCGGCGACCCUUCAAAACGGAGCUGCUUCAGAUGACGGCAGACGAGCUGAAUUACUCGCUUUGUCUUUUCGUGAAGGAGGUUCGAAAGCCUAAUGGAACGGAAUAUGCGCCGGAUACCAUCUACUAUCUUGUGCUGGGCAUCCAGCAAUAUCUGUAUGUGAAUGGACGCAUAGACAACAUCUUCUAUGAUCCUUACUACGAGCGGUUUACGGAGUGCCUGGACGAGGUGGCGCGCAAGUUCUCCGUGCUUUACAACGAUUCGCAAUACAUUGUCACUCGCGUGGAGGAGGAGCAUUUGUGGGAGUGCAAGCAACUGGGCGCCCAUUCACCGCAUGUCCUGCUCAGCACGCUCAUGUUCUUCAACACAAAGCACUUUAAUCUGACGACCGUGGAGGAGCACAUGCAAUUAUCCUUCUCGCACAUAAUGAAGCACUGGAAGCGCUCAUCACAGAAUUCCAAAGUUCCUGGCUCACGCAACGUGCUCUUACGAUUCUAUCCACCGCAGGCGGGUUUGGAUGCCAAUCCACGCAAGAAGAAGGUCUACGAGCAGCAGGAGAAUGAGGAGAAUCCGCUGCGCUGUCCCGUCCGCCUCUACGAAUUUUAUCUCUCUAAAUGCCCCGAGAGCGUGAAGACCCGCAAUGAUGUAUUCUAUCUGCAGCCCGAGCGCUCCUGUGUGCCCGACUCCCCCGUUUGGUAUUCCACGCAAGCUCUGGGGCAGGAUGCCCUCCAGCGGAUGCUGCACCGCGUCAAGAUGGUCAAGGAAAUCAACAUCGCGCUACUGACGACUUAAUGUUUAAUUAGGCAGUUAUAUCAUUGUGUACGUGCAAGGCUUGUCCUGCAAUGACACCCGGAGGACGAUUCUUCGGCUUGGUGCUUAGCACGAGUUUGUUUGCGGGCAAAACCAAAUAGGGCUAACCUAGGAGCGAGAGUUGUGCUAUAUUAUAAAUUGUUUUAAACUUACUUUUACACCUAUUUUGAUUGUCUAUAUAAUUGCAGCAGCAAUAGCGCUGAGCGAAAGAGGAGACCUUGUAUAAAAUGUGAACGAUAACCAAGCCCAUCUCACUUUCGAUUGAAUUAUAAUAAUAAUAAUAAACUAGAAACCAGCAAUCAGCAAUCCACACACAAAACACCCACUCACACACGCACACACAUGUAGACAGAGAGACAUCUUCAUUAGUUUUUAGGAUCGUAAGCCAGAAACCCGCGCAUCUUUAGUCAUUACUUAGAUUGUUUAGGCGAUAUAGGGCGAUAAGGAUGUGCCCCCAGCGGAUAAGUGCAUGUAUGUAUGUACAUAGAUCGACGAUAGAUGACCACACAGUGAUUGAUGAGUGUACAAUGAGAGUUGUACAUAGGAUGCGAACCUUAACCAUGUUGAACUGUAAAAUGCUGUACUCCUUAACUGCAAGAUCGAACUGCAAGUACAUGUCUAUAUAUAAAUACAUACAUACUUUCAAUGAAAA